AUGUCCGCCCGCCGCUCCAUCUUCAACGUGCCCUCCUCCGACAACGAAGACCAAGAACUCCCCGAGCACCAGCCCUCAGACCUCAGCGUUUCUGACCCCGGGUCCGAAUCCGACCAGCCCCCCCCCUCCGACGACGACGACGAAGCUCCCUCCGACGAAGAAGACGGAGAAGAAGACCUCCCCCAAGACGCCCAAAAUGCCCGCGCAGACCACGACCCCGACGACUCCGACUCCGACAGCGACCCGGACUCCUCCUACCGCUGGGGCACACACCACGACACGCGCCGCACCGUGCAGCCCUUCUACGGCGUCAUCGCGGCCCUCGACCGCGCGCACAACUCCUCCCUCUCCGCGCACCUCUACUCCGCGCACCUCAUAAAGCGGUACAACCUCGCCGCGCCGCUCCCCACCCCCUCCAACACCUCCACCUCCACCUCCGAGACUGAGCCCGAGCGCCGCGAGAACCGCGCCUACUCGCCCACGCAGCUCGCGUCCGACGCUCUGCUCCCGCGCUCAAAGCGCUUCAUCACCAACAGCUGGACCUCCUGGCCACACCCGGCAGACCACGUCCCGCGCGGCUACGAGCACGAGCCCCACACACUCAAGUCGCAGCCGCGGCGCUCGCACAUCGACCCGUCCACCUACUCUGCCCCGACUGCAGCGGCAGAGGCGGCACCAAGUCACAUGCUCGAGGAGGUCCUCACGGCCGCGUUCCUCCGCGCGGGGAAGGAGAAGCUGCUGGCGCGCGGGGAGGCAGCAGGCGCGCUGAUUCCCGUGCUGGACGAGGACGUGAGCAACCACCUGCUACGGCCCGUGGUGCGCAGCGUCAUCAGCCGCUUGGAUAAGCUGCUUGUGGGGCUUCACCACGAGCGCUCGUACACCAAGGCGCUUGUCGCCGAAGAUGCGGCCACCGCCACCGCCACCGCCACCGCCGCCGCCGCACGCGCACCGCGUCGCCCCCACAAGCGCCAGCAAGUACGGCGGAAAGAGACCGUUUCCUCUGCGGAGGCAGCAAGGGAGCGGCGCAGGGCCGUCACGCCCAUGACCGACACCGAAGAUGAAGCCGAAGCCGAAGCCGAGGAAGCAGAAGAGGCAGACUCGCAGCCCGUGCGGAAGCGGAAGCGGGCGCCGUCACCGAUUGCGCGGCAGUGGGCGAAGAAGCGGAUGACGCGGCUGCGGCUGCGGGAUUGGAGUAAUGUUGUUGGGGUUGCGGCGCUGACGGGGUUUGAGGGUGGGGUUGUGCAGCGGACGGCGGGGCGGUGUGGGGGACUGUUUGGAGAGACGAUGGGGUGGAGGAACGUUGGGAGGGAUGAUCAUCUGAAGGAUCGGAGGGGCGGGGAGGAGUGGGUUGGUGCUAGGGUGGAGGCGGAGGGGGGAGCGGCAGUGGCAGUGGCGGGGGGAAGGGGAAGGGGGAAGGGAGUGGGAGUGGGAGUGGAGGGGAGGAGGGGAGCGAGGGGAGCGAGGAGCGGUAUGAAGGGAUUGCGAGGGACGGGUUUUUGGCGCCCGUGGCGAGACCCGUGA